AUGUUCACAGAAGAAGACGGUCCAAUAACCAAAGAACUAGUAACAGAAUGCGUGAAGUGUGGUCGAGACCUGUCCAAAUCCACCAUUCUGCGUGGAAACCAGCUGGUCAAAAAUGGCGUCUGCCUUGACCACUGCACUCCGGCGAUACACCACUUCUUCUCCGCAAACAUUCCUGCUGAUGUGAAGAAGGCAUCCGAGGCGUCUCAGGAGAUCUUGAUGACCACUAAGAUGUUGCAGAUCAAGCUGUGUUCAAGUUCUACAGUAACUCCGAACACAUUUAUGUCGUUCCUCGAGCACCAGGUGAUCAGACACGACGGCAUCUCUUGUAAGCCCGUCAGCGUUCGCUGCGGCAAGAGCCGGUACCGCACCAUCGAUGGGACCUGCAACAACGUGGCUCGACCAGCUUGGGGCAGACGAGGAGCCCCUUUCAUCAGGAUUGCUACACCACGGUACGCGGACGGAAUACACGCUAUGCCGGUAGCUAAGAGUGAGAGAGCUCUACCCAACCCGAGGGUCCUGUCCAGUCGCCUGUUCGCAGACGCGGCGAUACCAAGCCGCGUGCACAACUAUCUGAGCAUGCAGUGGGGGCAGUUCAUCACGCAUGACAUAUCCUUGCAGAUUAUGGAGGUCACUGACAAUGGAGGCAUCCAUUGCUGCAUAGGCGACGGCGUAGACGUAUUGCCACCAGAGUGGAUGAACGACAAAUGCAUUCCUAUCACGGUGCCAGAAAACGAUGCAUUCUACAGAUACUACGGUGUCAAGUGCCUGAAUUUUGUCAGGAGUAUAACUACUCCUAGAGACGACUGUAGCUUGGGAUAUGCAGAGCAGAUGAACACAGUAACCAGCUUUUUAGAUGGUUCCAACAUUUACGGCUCGGAUAAGAAGUUGGCUUCAAAACUGAGGAGCAAGAGAGGCGGCCGUUUGAAGGAAGGAUACAAGGACUACAACAAGCGAGGGUUCCUGCCGACUGCGGAUGACAAGACGGCUAUGUGCGAUUUGCGAAAUAUCUCUGAGCCCUGCUAUUUGGCUGGUGACGGUAGAAUAAACCAAACUCCAACGUUGGCGAUGCUACAUACGCUUUUCCUGCGGGAGCACAACCGAGUGGCAGAUAUUCUCAGCACCCUGAAUCCUCUAUGGACGGACGAAAAGCUGUACCAAGAGGCAAGGAGGAUCGUCAUCGCGGAGAUCCAGCACAUCACCUAUCAGGAGUGGCUCCCCUCAAAUUUUGGUGAAACUUACCUCCGGUACUACCAUAUAACGCCAUCUACACUCUACAGCUACGAUUACAACGAGGACGUCAACCCUGGAAUCAUCAACAGCUUUACUGCAGGCGCAUUUAGGUUCCUCCAUUCUACGAUUCCUGAUACUAUCAUGACUUGCCCGUCAAGCUACUACGCUGCUUAUGCCCACAGACUAAGCGACCACUACCAAAACCCAAGUCUUCUGGAAUCUUCCACGGAAUCUUUCGACGACGUGGUCCGUGGUAUUUUGGCGCAGAGCGCUGCGGAUUCAGACACUUUCUGUUCUUCGCAAAUCAGCAACUUAUUGUUCAAAUCAAGAAACCUCUGGGGUCUGGAUUUGGUCGCAAUGGAUAUCCAGAGGGGCAGAGAUCAUGGCAUUGCAUCGUAUAAUGAUUACAGAGAGCUAUGUGCACUUUGGAGGGCCCGGACUUUUCAAGACUUGAGUGGGGAAAUAUCUCAAGAUAGAAUAUACGCCCUUUCCCAAAUGUACGAGUGCGUGGAUGACGUGGAUUUGUUCGUGGGAGGAGCCAUGGAGCGCCCUGUCCAGGGUUCGAUCCUCGGGCAUACUUUCCAGUGUAUAGUGGGCGAGCAGUUCUACCGGACAAGAGUCGGCGAUAGAUAUUUUUAUGACAAUAGCGAGAUGCCUCAUUCUUUUUCACCAGACCAACUCCAAGAGCUGAAGAAAGCGUCCAUAGCUCGCAUCAUCUGCGACAACACGAAUGUGCUCUAUGUCCAAAGACGCGCCUUCGAGUUGGAAACGCCUGACAACCCUAAGGUCCGCUGCGAAGACAUACAGCGGGUCGACCUCACUGCUUGGAAGACUACACUUUUCGACUAAGUCACUGGAUAGUGAAACUUACUGCUCUUAUGUUAAAGACUAACUUCCUGACUAAGUAUUAAGACUCAAUUCAUAUUCAUAUUGUAUGCGGACAUUUUUUCAUUGAUUCGUAUUCGUUUUUCUUUCGUUAUAAGUCCAAUUUAAGUUGUUAAUUAACUAUGUUUUUUAAUAAACUCUUAAAC